AUGGCACCACAACUUGCAUGGGUUGGUUUGGGGAAUAUGGGCAGGGGCAUGUGUAAGAACCUUGUCGAGAAGGGAAACUUAACCCAGAAGCUGUUGGUUUAUAAUCGGACAACCAAGCGGGCGAGCGACCUCGUGGCAAAGAUCGGUCACGCGGAGGUCUCUACCAGUCUGGCUGAUCUUGUUUCAAAGGCUGAUAUAAUAUUCUAUUGCUUGGGGGACGACGCGGCAGUAUUGGACACCGUCGAUGAGCUGCUGAAGAGCGAUGUCACUGGAAAGAUACUGGUUGAUUGCUCGACGAUACACCCAGACAGUACGGAGAAGGAAGCCGAAAAGAUCAAGGCCAAAAAGGGAUCGUUCGUGGCAUGUCCUGUUUUCGGAGCGCCAGCGGCGGCGGACGCUGGUCAGCUUGUUUGUGUGCUCGCGGGAGAAGCGUCGUCCGUGGAGAAGAUCAAGCCUUACUGUGAAGGAGUUAUGGGCCGGGCCAUCAUCGACUACUCAGACCUGCCACCAGCGAAAGCCACUUUGUUGAAAGUGCUCGGCAAUACCUUCAUAGCGAGCAUGGUCGAAACGCUCUCUGAGGGGCACGUCGUGGCUGAAAAAUCCGGACUGGGUACGAAGCAGCUGCACCAGUUCAUCGAAACCAUGUUUCCUGGGCCAUAUACUGCAUACUCGAACCGCAUGCUAAGCGGCGAUUAUUACCAGCGGGAGGAGCCGCUCUUUGCUGUGGACCUGGCCAGAAAGGAUGCACGCCAUGCGCAAGCAAUCGCGAAGGAGGCAGGAAUGACCAUGAAGAAUGUUCAAUUGGCCGAUUCAUUGCUCGUGGCUGUCAAAGAGCAUAUGGGUGCUCGAGGCGACAUCGCCGGGAUGUAUGGAGCCAAGCGGAAAGAGAGUGGCCUUCCAUUUGAAAACCAGCAAUAG